AGCAGAUGCCAAGGAGAUGGGCAAGACGUGGGGACAGUUGGAGAGACUUGCCCAGAACCGAGACACCUGGAGGAAGCUGGUUGGUGCCCUGUGCCACAGAGAGGACCACAGAGGUAUAUAACUUUUUUUUUCAAACUUGGACACAUUUCAAGAGUAAAAAUACAUAUGAAGGUGAGUGAAGUUAUUGCUGCAUAUCGAGAAGUGACCAUAUUUCCAAAUCCAACCAGUGCCUCUAUUUCUAUUAAUGAUAAUGAAAAAACAAUUCUUUUACAAUCUAAAUGGUCACAACGAGAUUUGGAUAGAAAAGAAAAAAUCUCAUUUUUAAGAUCUCACAUUAUCAAUUCUGCUACUGGAGAAGUACUGGGCCAGUUUGGACCUCAGGAAAUAAAACAUGAAUUAUGGAACAAAACUUCUCCAUCAGGAAAACUGCGAGCUGUUGUUCGACAAUAUAAAGAUAAGAACAAUGAAGAUAAACAAUAUUUGGAGAUAUUUGAUAGCACCAAGAAACUAAAAACAAUAGAUAUUCAUUCUUUGGAAAAACAUGGGAAAAUUUUAGAAAAUAAUGGUCAGUUUGGAAGUUUUGAAUGGUCCCCAUCUGAAAAAUACUUGCUGUAUAUUGCUGAAAAGAAAAAGGCUAAAAUUUCCAGUUUUCUUAGUUCUAAAUAUUGUAAAGAAGGCAAUUGUGUUGAUGAAGAAAAUAAGAUUGGAGAUGAGUUUGAAUAUAGUGAGACAUGGGGUGAACAAUUAACUGAAUGUGUUCAACCUAUCUUGUGUAUUUUUGAUGUUCAAAGAAAUGAAGUCAAUAUUCUUAACAACCUUCCUAGUGAUGACUCUUUUGGUCAGGCAAUCUGGUCACCAGAUGAAGCUGGCAUAAUUGUAUGUGCCUGGAAAAAUGUGCCUUACAAACUGGGCCUGAAAUUUUGUUGUCAAAGAAGGAGCAUGCUUUAUUUUUUAGACAUUCAAAAACAGUCAUAUGAGAUUUUGAGUGAAGUAGGUCGUGCUGUUAGAUUUCCUUGUUUUAGUCCUGAUAUGACCAAACUAAUCUACUUUGACAUGCCUGAAGGUGGAGCACAUAACCAAUGUGCCAGACUUUUGAAAAUUGACUGGAAAACCAAACAAAAGCAAGUUGUUGUUGAUCAAGUAUCCUAUGCACCAGAAUCUGAAUUUCCUGGUAUUUACAUGUAUGAUUUAGCAAGAAACAUUUGGUUUGAUGACAGUAUACAUUUAGCAUUAGCAACUAGCUGGAGAAGCACUAGUGCAGUAAUUCUAAUAAAUACAGAUACCUGUGAAGUCAAGAGAAUUACAUUGAAUGCCACUAACAAAAAAGAUUUGGGUUCCUUUGGUCUUCUAGGUGUACAAAAGAAUUUUCUUUUACUUGUUCACUCUGCACUUAAUCAACCAUUCCAAUUGAUAAUAGGAAAAGUCAGUUGUCCAAAUAAUCUUGAAACAAUUGAAUGGAUUUAUCCAGAUGGUCCAAUACAAAUAUUAGACUGGUUGACUUUUUCCAUUAUUCAACACAAACCAUCCUGUGAUUCAAAGCAUUCAAAGUAUGAGUCUUUGGACUAUGAAAGUAUUCUGUGUAUGCCCAAAGUUGAUUCAAACAUACUACCUCCAUUGAUUGUAUUUACACAUGGUGGACCUAAUUCAGUCUUUGAUACAUCCUUUAAUAUGAUCACUUCUUUCUUUUGCAAAUGUGGAUAUGCUGUUUUAAUGGUCAAUUACAGAGGUUCUAUAGGAUUUGGCCAAGACAGCAUUUUAUCAUUAACUGGCAACAUUGGAGUUCAAGAUGUACAGGAUGUCAAGGGUGCCUUAUUAGAGAUUAGUAAUAAAAACCUCAUUGAUGAUAAAAGCAUAUUUAAAUUUGGUGGUUCACAUGGAGGAUUUCUCACCAUUCAUAUGAUUGGUCAAUAUCCUGAUACAUUCAGAGCUGCAGCUACAAGAAAUCCUGUUGUUAACCUUACAUCAUUGGUUUCAACAUCAGAUAUUCCUGAUUGGGUAUUUGCUCAGUGUGGACUGGCGUUUAAUUACUCUUCAGUUGCAGAUGAUCAGAUCUUACCACAUUUGUGGCUGCGUUCCCCAUUAGCAUAUAUUAACCAGAUAAAGACUCCAGUUCUUUUGUUGAUUGGUCUUGAUGAUAAAAGGGUUCCACCCUCACAAGGAAAUGAACUCUAUAAAGCUCUAAAAGCAAGAGGUGUAAAUGUCAAAUAUUUAACUUACCCUGGAAAUAAUCACAGUCUUAGUGAGGUGGAAACAGAGACUGACUGCAUGAUAAAUACAAUCAAAUGGUUCAACACCCACCUUCUAUGCAACAGCAGACAGUAAAAAGUAUAUUUUAAGUUUUUUUUUCCUUUAGUGUGUGUUAUCAUAAUUAUGAGAUUAUUAAGAGAAGUAGACAUUAAUGUUCAGUUGAUCUUAAAACAAUUUAUAUUUAUUAGCAUUCUAAGCAGUUUUAAAUUCAAACAUGGUACUUUUAAUGAAAUGAGUAAACAGAUUUUCUUCUGUGUUUUCUAGUGAAUAAUGGUUUAACAUUUCUAUUUAUAAUUGGAUGUACUGCUUUUAUAUAUAUAUAUAUUUAUAUAUUUGGUUAUUUAGACUAUAGAUUGAAAAAAAAAAAAAUAUAUAUAUAUAUAUAUAUAUAUAAUUUUUUUUAUGUGAUAUUUAUAUCAUUUUCCUGAAUUUUGAUUUAGCAUAGUCUAGAACUGCUUUUGCAUCUAAUCUUAAGUGAAUGUGAUUCACCAUUCACAAUUAUCUUUAUCUUUUUUUUUAGCAUUAAGCAUUUUGCCCAGCAUAAUCAAAAGUGACUUAUUUAUACAGAGUAAUAGCAGUAAUAAUUUCACUUGGGGAAAAUCUAUCCACCUUUCUUGAUCCUCAUAUUUAAUUAUUGUACAGAAAUAAUUUCAAAGUUCAAUAUCAUGACUUGAUCCUUUAGAGUUUGGACAAAUAGAUUGAAUCAAGGCAGUAAUCUAAUACAUAAAACACAAAUGUUUGCUUUCAUCUUUCUAUUGGUUUCGAUAUUGCUUGCCAAGUCUAUCACUUUCAGAUCCUUUACUUUGUCUUAUGAAAGUUAAAUAAAUUAAAACUUACCAUGUCUUUUAUUAACCACUUUUUCAUUUGAUAAAGUUUGCUGUUUUUGUGUUGUUGUUUUUUUUAGAAUUUAUUUAAAAAUGAUUAAGUCAAUCAUUUUUUUAAAACAAAUUACAAAUUAUGAAAAUUGUAAUUAGAUUAAUUAAAAAUUAUUUUGUCAAUGAAGGGGUAGAUUUUUUUUUGAUUUUUUUUUGUGAUUGUGAAGAAUUAUUUCAUGGUAACAUCCAUUUGAUGUAUUUUUUAGUUGUUUAUUGUUGUUGUUUUUUUUUGUUGUUUUUUUUUUACUCAAAGAAAACAAAAACAGUAUAAUAGUCAGGAUAGUUAAUUAUUAUAAAUGCAGCUUCUCUCUAAAAUGUCUUUUAGUGACACAUUUCAUUUGAUGAACUUGUAAUUAUGGAUGUAUUUCAGUUCAUAAUAAAAUAAAAUUUAUUCAUCAUAAAUCA